GUAACUAAAGCAUUCUGAGUGAAUGUAGGAACAGAUAAUAUUCAUGGUCGAGACGGUAAGACGGAGACCUGUCGAAGCAGAGUCGGUGACAAACGCAGCUAAUCAUGGACCCAGACACCAGUGGACUCACACAGAGGUUGGCCGAGGCGGGCCAGUCUCACCUCCUGCAGUUCUGGGCCCAGCUGGGCCCCAAAGAACAGCGGCGUUUGAUCCAAGACCUGCAGGAGAUGGACUUUCAGGAGAUCAACGGGUUCUUCAAAAAGGCCAUGGAGACAUCCAGCAGCAACAGCAAACAUGAGAAGAUGGACACCCGCAUGGAGCCCGUGCCCCGUGACGUGCUUGGAAGUGUGACGAGAGACAGGGACAAUCUGAAAACCUGGGAGGCUGCAGGUCUUGACUGCAUUUCUCAGAAUAAAGUGGCAGCCUUACUUCUGGCGGGGGGCCAGGGAACCAGGCUGGGAGUCCCGUACCCAAAAGGCAUGUACGACGUCAGGCUGCCGUCCCACAAAACUCUCUUUCAGAUCCAGGCUGAGCGCAUCUUGAAGCUGCAGCAGCUGGCCGAGCAGAAGAAUAAAAUCCAGUGCUGUAUUCCCUGGUACAUCAUGACCAGCGGCAGGACGAUGGAAUCCACUAAGGAUUUCUUCUCUCAGCACAACUACUUUGGUUUGGAGAAGAACAACGUGAUCUUCUUCCAGCAGGGCAUGCUGCCAGCGAUGGACUACAAUGGCAAGAUCAUCUUAGAGGGCAAAGGGACGCUCUCCAUGGCUCCUGAUGGUAAUGGGGGUCUGUACAGAUCUCUUGGGAACCAGGGCAUCCUGGAUGACAUGGAACGAAGAGGCAUCCAGCUCAUUCAUGUUUACUGUGUUGACAACAUCCUGGUGAAAGUGGCUGAUCCAACGUUCAUGGGGUUUUGUGUGCAGAAAGGAGCAGACUGUGGAGCUAAGGUGGUGGAGAAAACUAACCCAACCGAGGCAGUUGGUGUGGUUUGUAAGGUGGACGGGCGUUAUCAGGUGGUGGAGUACAGUGAGAUCACCUUGGGGACUGCCGAGAAGCGCAGCGCAGAUGGCCGCCUAAUGUUUAACGCUGGAAACGUGGCCAACCACUUCUUCAGCUUCUCUUUCCUCAGAGAUGUUGUGCAGAAAUACGAGCCACAGCUGGAGCACCACAUAGCCCAGAAGAAGAUCCCAUAUGUGGACACUCGAGGUCGGCUGAUCACACCAGAGAAACCAAAUGGGAUUAAAAUGGAAAAGUUUGUCUUCGACAUCUUCCAGUUUGCCAAGACCUUUGUUGUGUUCGAGGUCCUGCGGGAGGAUGAGUUCUCCCCGCUGAAAAAUGCAGACACUCAGAAUGGAAAAGACACGCCCACUACAGCCAGACACGCCCUCAUGUCCCUCCAUCACCGCUGGGUACUCAACGCCGGAGGCCACUUCAUUGACGAGAACGGCAGACGUGUUCCUGCCAUACCCAGAGCCGAAGCAGCAGGCAGCGUCACAGACGAUGGCGACAGGAAUCUAAAGGAUGGAACAGACCUGCCGAUCAAAUGUGAGAUCUCCCCGCUGGUGUCGUACGGAGGAGAGGGUCUUGAACGGUUGGUGAAUGGUUGCGAGUUUCGUCCUGCCCUGAUGAUCGACGAGCGCGGAGUCCAUGAGCUGGUGAAGAACGGAGUUUAAUCCUUCAGAGACCGAGAUGAAGAACAACCCAAAGACAUAUUCACUUGUUUGUUUUUUUCUCUCUCAAUGUUUGUGGGGAGAAACUGGAAUGUCUGAAGUUCAUGUCCCAGAUGAAGUUUACAAUUCAGCGUGAAGAUUCCUGUAGUUUGCAUGUUCUAAUUUGUUUUGAAGAGCACUUGAUUGCAUUGUUGUGUAAAAUCAUUAUGAUGCACUGUGAGUGUGUCCAUUUUGUUUAUGGCACUUAAUUUUAUUAUUUUGGAUAAUAUAUAUUUUUGUCUACUUGUUGAUUUUUAUACAAAGACUGAGUUAAGUGAUCAGGAAGAUUUUUCUUUGGGCUCUGGGGGGUAUUUAUAACGGUUGCUUUGUUUUGUUUUUUUGUUAUCAAUCGCUGAAGAUUGGGCAGGUUUUUUUCUGCUGGAAGAUAAACCGGUACAGUACUGUCAUGUACUAUUAACUUUAUUAAAUAAUUGUAUAU